AUGUCGCCCACGAAGAGCGGCAGGGGUGUCGAGGACAGUCGGGCGACCGUGACGCCGAAGGACAGUGAGCCGCAGACUAAAACUACGUCCUCACCGAGGUCGGAGCAGGCGAUUGGAAAUCCUGCGCCACCAAACAAACUACCGCCUACGAAACUCAGCCUCGAACUGCGAAGCAUGCCUACAAAACCAACACCAGAGACUACUGCUCCUAGAAGAUCUUGUCCCAGUGGUAAGCCAACGACGAAGCAUGAGAGUACGCGAAUCAACAAUGAAGCGCCGCGAAAAGAAUAUACAGCCAAGGAGCAGAAGAACCUACAGCCCGAACUUUCGGCGUUUCCUCCUGUUAUGGGUGCCUCUCGGCCGUCCCGCCAACUGGCAGAUGUAGCUACGGGGCACAUAGAGGGGAGCCCGAUUCACGACGCUGCGAAUAUGCCCUUGACUAGCAGGCGCGGUGUCCCUCUCCUUGCUAUCAAACCCGGAAACGUCAACGAUCCUAUCGAUGUGGAUGCGCUGCCAUCUCCGCAUUCUCCACACAGUUUCGCGAACCGAUCUGCCAACUAUUACACCCCAUUUCCCUUGCAAUACAGGCCAUCGAGACCAAGCUUACCACCAACCCUUUACACACCAAAUGGAGCUGAGAUUCUUUCCGGAAAGGUGUCCGGCCACCAAAGCCAUGAUAUUUACAGGCACUAUGUCGACAUGAAAGAUGCGCCUGCACCACCAGGUUUUGCAAUCGGUUGCGCAAAACUCAGUGCAGAGGUUUCUGCAGGCAGAUCAAAGUCAAAAAGACUAGCUCCCAAUCUGCACAUGCAUCCAACUUACGUGAAUGAGUAUGGGCAGGUGAACGAAGGUGUGGUUGGUCAACCGUAUGCAAAACCCUUACAGAUGCGAUAUCAGAGUUUUCCUCACGACUACAGGGCACAUACCACCUCAUACCAUACCCCGAUACACGGUCAUCCGAUAUUCCCAGUCUUGAACGAAGAGCAUCUUCGAAAGCGUGCAGUACAACUCGUCCUUGAUCACUCGCGGCCGCGUUCACGCAAACGUCGACUUUCCGAUGAUCCUGACGAGACUUCGAGCUCCGAAUAUGAAGACGCAGAUGAGCAACCUGGGAAAAAGGUCAAGAUAUCCUCGUUUACAGAACGACCUGCGACUCCAUCUCGACUGUCGGACGAAGUGAUACCGAGCACUCCGAGUACAGGUAUUUCUGAAGAUCAUAUAUUCGAUCGCAAGCUGAAGCUUGCCGAGUUGGUCGAGCACACACAACUUCUGACCGCAAUGCUGAUGACAUAUCCGAGGUCAUCGGACUGUGAGGGUAUGAGAGAAGAUAUUGCUAUGCUGGCUACAGUGACAGACAAGCGAUUGGCAAGCUGGGUGUCUGCGGAGAGUGAGUUCGAGAGGGACACGCGACAGCGUCUUAAUUCAGCUGCUACGCUUUCGCCGAACAUCUGUGGACCGCCGAGUGCUCUCAUCAAUAGAAGAAAGAGAGACACUGCUCGAGCAGGAAAGGAGAAAAAGAAUACGGGGAAGAAACCAGAGGAAGACGAGAUUCGAAGAUAUCUGUCAGUGGACUCGAAGCUUUGGGACAACAACAACAACAACAGCAGCAGCAGCCGGAAAGCGAAGGCAGUGGAGGAUGGUGGCGUCUCUAGCGAGAAGGAGAGUGGGGAGAGCCAUAAAAUCCCGGCCUUUGAAACGCGAAAGGCUGCUACAACUGUCCAGCAUGCAGCCCUGCCUGCCGAUAUGGCAUAA